UGUCAAAACGUCAACGUAAACAUAACCUCCCAACAACCGUUCGCCGUAAUUUUUCCGCACAAAAACCAUGAAUUCGCGCAAAAAUUAACGCGACGACAAUGGCCGAGGUCCUAACUAACGUCCUCAACGAAAUUCUGAAAGUGGAAGGUAUCGAAGAGUCGUUCAGUUGCUCUCUGGUGCACCGCCCCAACGCAGAGAAGGAAAGAGUCACGCAAUGGCAACAGGAGCUGAACACGGCGCUGCGGACCAUCCCCCAGGAGCAACAAGACGCGAUUUUGCGCCAGUACCUCAACACGGCCCUCACGUGCGCCCAGAGCAAGCUCCAGCUCUUGAUGGAGCUCCUGGAGACUAUGGUGCGGAACGGGAUCGUGGGGGCGCGUCUGGUGUGCGAGGUCGUGAUGAACUUUGAUAAAUUGCAAUACACGAACGCGCGCUUCUGGGUUGAGUGUUUCAGGUUGGUGAGAAAGAUCAUCGACUUGGUGGAGUACAAGGGGGUGCGGGAGAUUAUGAAGGGGUGUUGUGAAAAAGCGAAGAGUCUCCCGUGGAGGUUAAACGCGGGGCUGCAGCCCCAAACUCAAGCUUUGUUGAGUGUGGCUGAGAGGAUCAUGGACCGGAAUGCGUGUCUCCUGCCGGGGUAUCUUCUGGUUAACGAGUUGCAGAAAGCCUAUCCUGAUUGUCCCCACUGGCGGUUGGCUGCACUGUUUUCGGACUACGUGGAUAGUUUCAGGGCUUGUGCCCAAAUGGUGUCGAUAGUGGGGCAAGCCGAAAUGCGUCCCGUCGUUGAACAUAGCGGCUGCCCGGAACACUUGGUUAACCCGUGGAAGCUUGACCCCUGCACUCUUAGAUUUACGUUGAAAGGGACACUCCCUUAUUCGGCGGAGUUGCUCGAGAAGCAAACCGGCUUGUUGAGGUAUGUCUUGGAGCAACCUUAUAGCAGAGACAUGGUUUGUGGGAUGUUGGGGCUGCAGAAGCAGCACAAGCAACAUUGUGCCGCUUUGGAGGAACAGUUAGUCGAGUUGGUGAUUUUAGCGCUUGAAAGAACUGAGAACGAGGGUGACGAAACUGCCACUCAAGGACUCUGGUUGCAUUUAUCAUCACAAUUAAUUUAUUUUGUGUUGUUCCAAUUCGCUAGUUUUCCGAAUAUCGUGAUGUCGUUGCAUUCGAGGUUACAAGGGCGGGACUUGCGGAGGGGGCGUGACCAACUCAUGUGGGUGUUGCUUCAGUUCAUUUCGGGCUCCAUCCAGAGGAAUCCUCUGUCGAACUUUUUGCCGGUGUUGCGGUUGUAUGAGUUGUUGUUCCCGGAGCAGGAACCGCCUCUGCCCGUGCCGGACUUCAACCAACCCCAAUGCACGCGGCAGAUGGCCAUGACGUGCAUUUGGAUCCACCUUACGAAGAAGGCUCAAGCCGAAAUGACCAACCUUACGUGGCCGAUCCCGGCCAAACUGCGCAACCACCAUGACUUUUUGCAACAAUUGGUACCACCGAAUAACACCGCCUUAGCGAUGGGGAACGACUAUCGCAUUGCCCUCCUUUGUAACGCCUACUCCACCAAUCAGGACUACUUUAGUAAACCAAUGGCCGCUCUCGUCGAGACUAUCCAAGGCAGUCCGAAGUCUGCUGCCCCGCCCACCGCCCCUCUUAGCAUGGCCGUGCUUGACUCCCUCACCGUCCACUCCAAGAUGAGUCUCAUCCAUAGCAUCGUCACCCACGUCAUCAAGCUAGCCCAGGCGAAAUCUGGCAUGCCGUUGUCCCCCGCGCUCGUCGAAACCUACAGCCGCCUCCUCGUUUACACCGAGAUCGAGUCCCUAGGAAUCAAGGGCUUCAUCAGCCAGCUCCUCCCUACCGUGUACAAGUCGCACGCUUGGGGCACCUUGUAUACACUUCUUGAGAUGUUCAGCUACCGCAUGCACCACAUCCACCCGCACUACCGCGUGCAGCUGCUCAGUCAUUUACACUCGCUCGCCGCCGUCCCCCAGGCCAACCAAACCCAGCUGCACCUGUGCGUGGAGUCCACGGCGCUGCGCCUCAUCACGGGUCUCGGCAGCGGCGAGGUGCAGCCCGAACUCAGCCGCUUCCUCGCCGAACCGAAGACCCUCAUCUCCGCCGAGUCGGAGGAGCUCAACCGCGCGCUCGUGCUAACACUAGCGCGCGCCACGCACGUCACGGGCGCCGACGGCUCGUGGUGCCACGAACUCCUGGCCACCAUCGCGCAGAGCACGCCGCACGCGUGGGCCCCGCACACCUUGGAGUGCUUCCCGAGGGCGCUGGCCGAGUUCUUCACCCAACACGCGGUACCCAAGGAGAACAAGCAGCAGCUGAAGAAGGCGGUGGAAGAGGAGUACAGGAAGUGGUCGUCGAUGAACAACGAGAACGACAUGAUGGCGCACUUCGGGGUGGCGGGAGCGCCGCCACUAUUCUUGUGUCUUCUAUGGAAGAUGCUCCUGGAGACCGACCACAUCACACCCAUCGCCUACAAGAUCUUAGAACGAAUUGGAGCCAGAGCACUAUCAGCACACUUGAGGAAGUUCUGCGACUGCUUGGUCUUCGAGUUCAGCAACUCGCCUGGGGGGCAGCACGUCAAUAAGUGCGUGGAUACGAUCAACGACAUGAUCUGGAAGUACAACAUCGUGACGAUAGAUAGGUUGGUGCUGUGUUUGGCGCUGCGGACGCAGGAAGGGAGCGAAGCCCAAGUGUGCUCCUUCAUCAUCCAGUUGGUACUACUCAAAGCCACGGAGUUCCGCAAUCGGGUGCAGGAUUUCGUCAAGGAUAACUCUCCGGAUCACUGGAACCAGACCAACUGGCACGAAAAACACCUAGAGUUUCACAGGAAGUACCCCGAGAAGUUCGCACCGGAAGAGCAAUCCAGCGGGUACCACCCGUACUUCGGAAACGUGUGUCUGCGCUUCCUGCCAGUCUUCGACAUCGUGGUCCACCGUUUCCUGGAGAUCCCUCAAGUAACGAAAAGCCUGGAGAUACUAUUAGAACACCUAGGCUGUCUGUACAAGUUCCACGACCGCCCGGUCACGUACUUAUACAACACUUUGCACUACUACGAAACGCGACUCCGGGACAGACCCCCUUUGAAGCGACGCUUAGUGGCUGCAGUCCUCGGAACCCUCAAAGACAGCCUAUCGGAGCCGUACCAACUCUUCCUAGGUCGUCCGCAGGACGACAUGUGGACCCCCGAACUAGACUACUACAUCCAGCUGGUUAAGCGCGUCGUGGACAUCCUCGGGGGGACAUCCGCCAACUCGAUGAUCGACUGGAGGUUCAACGAAUUCCCGAACGCCGGGGCGCACAUCCUAUACACCACGUGCGUCGAGCUGAUGGCGCUGUCCGCAGGACCCGUGGCCGUCGCCAACGGACUCUUGGACGUCGUCGCCAAAGGUUAUGUGACCAUUCCCUCGUCCGACAUCCACCAAUGGAUCAACGCCGUCGGCCUCAUCCUCUCCGCCCUCCCCGUCAGCUAUUGGAGCGUCCUCCACGACCGCCUCAUCUCCACCCUCGGCGAGCUCGAGACCUGGACUUUCGACUGCUCCCCCUUCCGCCUCUUCGAUUUCAAGGAGACCCACGCGGGGCUGCUGCACAACAGUUUCAGUUACAUGCUGGCUUUGGCGCACUCGGUCUGGCACCACGCGGGUCCGGGGCAGAUCGCGAGUGUGCCCCGGUGGGCGCGGGAGUGUUUGCCGAGUGUGGUGCGGUCCGAGGAGCAAUUCCUUUACGUGUGUCACCUCGUGGGGCCCUUUUUGCAGAGGUUCAAUAUGGCGAUAGUGGAACUGACGAGUGCUUUGUACGAACUUUUGGCGCAAGUCGAUCACCAUACGCAGUCGGAAAUGAAAUACAUGGACCCCAUUUGCGAUCUGUUGUACCAUAUCAAGUACAUGUUCGUGGGGGAUAGUAUGAAGAAGGAGUUGGAGACGGUAGUGCGACGGUUAAGACCGGCCUUGCAGCUGAGGUUGAGGUUUAUAGCGCACCUGGCGAUCGAGGAAGUGAAUGCGUCGUAAUUUUUAUUAAGUUUAAGUAUUAAAUUUUUAUAAUAAAGUGGUUUAAUCUGA